CCUCACUAAAAACCGAUCAUCAGAACCGGAAAUUUCUUCCGCAAGAUCAACGGCCACGAUGCGUCCUCACUUCCUCCUCGUGAUCCUCUCCGUCCUCGUCGUCCCUCUCGCGGCCAAGCGGACCGGGCCGCUCGUCGGAGGUUGGACGCCGAUCAAGGACCUGAGCGACCCGCACGUGAAGGAGAUAGCCAACUUCGCCGUCUCCGAGUACAACAAGCAGUCGAAGGCGAGCUUGAAACUAAAGAGCAUCGUCAAGGGCGAGACUCAGGUCGUCGCCGGCACGAACUACCGCCUCGUCGUCGCCGUCACGAAUGGCGCCGCCGCGGAGCGCUACGAGGCCGUCGUUUGGGAGAAGCCGUGGCAGCACUUCAGGAACUUGACCUCCUUUAAGCCUGCCGCAUAGGUUUUUUAAUCAAGUUUUAAUUACUCUUAAUAACGUUGUGAAAUUCUGUUUUGGAGGAUGAUGAAAUCGUGAUUCUAUGUGUGUACUUCUCUUUCUUGUAAUGUCUUUUGCUUGUAAGAUAAGAAAUUGGGUUUAAUAAAUGACUGAUUCAGGAUUAUGAAAGUUAAA